UGCAGCUAUUUCCAUAUAAAUCCAACGCCUUCUUCGUCUCCCUUCGUCUCCCUCCUCCUUCCCUUUUUCUUCUCCCAUCAUCUCUCUCUUUUCCAGCUCAAGAUCGUUCUUUAAUUUCUAGCUUCUUCGCUCAUCUCUGUUCAUUUCAACUUCUGCGAUCUCCCUCCCUCUCCCUGCAGAUAUUCUUUAUAUUACCGUCUCGUCCUCUGGUUCAGAAAGGAGCAACUCGGACGGCAUGGAAAACUGCUCAUCCCCUGAUUCUUAUAUCCGAUUGGUGCACCGUCUAAUUGAGGAAUGCAUCCUGUUCAACAUGAACAAGGAAGAGUGCAUGGAAGCUCUUUCCAAACACGCCAACAUCAAACCAGUCAUUACUUCCACCGUGUGGAAGGAGCUGGAGAAAGAGAAUAAGGAGUUCUUCGAGGCAUACAUGAGAAACAGAGCGGAGAGGGCUUCAGAGACAGAGACAAGGAGAAGGAUACACGACGUGGUUUCGGAGUCUUCCUCCUCCUCCUCCCAUGGAGUUUAGGUUUCGGACGCAAACAACCUUAGUCGUUCAAAUUAAUAAUUCAAGACGGACAGUACCCGCAAUAACGCCCCUGCCAAGUGCCUGCUAGCUAGCGACCUUUUUUCUUCGGAGCAAGACAAAAAUAAAAAAAUAAAAAAA